UUUCUAUGUUAUUGUUUGGUAUUUUGAAAAGUUCGAAGUGAAUUACAUGAGACGGAUACUUAUUACGUUGAAUUAAAUAUUGUAUUAUUUUUAGUCUGCAGUUCAAAUAUGAGUAAAAGAAAGGCCCAAUCUAGUGAAAACAACCCUAAUCAUGAUAUUUGCGAAUUAUUACUGGAGUUGGCUGAUUAUGAGCGAAAUGUUAGUCGCAAUAUCCACAAGUAUAAUGCAUACCGUAAAGCGGCGUCAACUCUUGCGGCACACCCUACACGUGUCACAUCUGGUGCAGAAGCUCGAAAGCUGCCGGGAGUGGGAGAAAGAAUUGCCAAAAAGAUAGAUGAGUUCCUGGAGACAGGGAAGCUGCGGAAAGUGGAAAAUAUUAGAAAUGAUGAUUCUUCAAAAGCAAUACAUGAGUUAACAAGAGUUUCAGGUAUAGGACCAGCAAAAGCAAAAGAACUUGUUGAUUCUGGUAUUAAAAGCAUUGAAGAUUUGAAGAAAAACAAAGAGAAGCUUAAUCAUCACCAGCUUAUUGGACUGAGGUACUUAGAAGACUUUGAGAAGAGAAUACCCAGGGAAGAGAUCCAACAGAUUGAAGCUGUAAUUAAGAAACAACUUGCUGACAAUGAUGAAAAGUAUGUGGCAACUAUAUGUGGAAGUUACAGGAGGGGAAAGGCAGAUAGUGGAGACAUCGAUGUACUAGUGACUCAUACUGACUACAUGUACACCACCAGAGAUAAGAGCCACAACAAAUCAAAAGUGUUCAAAGAUGUUGUUGCGUCACUGGAGAAAUGUGGUCUCAUUGUUGAUACCAUUUCACAAGGUGACAGUAAAUUCAUGGGUGCAUGCAGGUUGUCUGGAGUUCAAAAGACAUCCAAAGAGACACCAGUGAGACGACUGGACAUCCGUUUUAUACCAUAUGAUCAGUUCUACUGUGCUAUCCUGUAUUUCACAGGUUCAGACUUGUUCAACAAAGAGAUGAGAACACAUGCUCUGUCAAAGGGCUUUACACUGAAUGAAUAUUCAUUACGUCCUGUUGGAAGCACAGGUGUGGCUGGUGAACCGAUUCCCAUUACUAGCGAGGAGGACAUUUUUAACUGCAUUGACUUUAAGUAUAGGAAACCAGAAGAAAGAGACUGGUGAACAGAACUGCUCAGGACAGCUCUAGAGUACACUGAUGUACUUAUAUAAUAGGAAUAGAAACCCAGUACUUAUUCAUGUCUUUGCUUAAAACUUUCGAUUGAGAGAUUGUCUGAUAAACUGUAUUAAUUUAGCACAUUGUAAUAACUGAAAAAUUUUUAAUACAAGAUUUAUGAACAUCCAAAAUAA